UGUUUCAGGUUGAUGGAAAACUACACAUUCAACAGCUUCACCCUGCAGCUGGAGGGGUUAAAAGUCACACAGGUUUCUGUGUACCCUGUCUUUUUCUUUUUCUUUUUCUCCUACCUACUUAUCAUAUUAGUUAAUUUUGGCAUUGUAGUUCUGGUUUUCAUUGACAAGAACCUUCACCAGCCGAUGUAUCUCCUGUUUUGCAACCUGCCCAUCAAUGACAUUGUUGGGAAUUCGAUUAUGGUGCCCCGGCUGCUGUCAGAUAUCUUGCUGCCUCCCUCUGAACGCUUCAUCAGUUAUUACGAGUGUGUGGUCCAGGCUUUCACCACACACAUGUUCGGCACCACUUCACACACUGUGCUCAUGAUUAUGGCCUUUGACAGAUAUGUGGCCAUCUGCAAUCCCCUGCGUUACGCUGCCAUAAUGACCAACAAAAUGGUGAUCAAGCUGACAGUUUCUGCCUGGGGAGUGGCCUUUGUUCUGGUCGGGAUUCUGCUCGGUCUGACCAUAAGACUGAACCGAUGCAGGACUAUGAUUACAAACCCCUUCUGUGACAAUGCCUCCCUGUUCAAACUCUCCUGUGAGAGUGUGUUCAUCAAUAAUGUGUAUGGCCUAACUUUCACUGUAGUCCUGUUCACAGCAUCUAUUGGCAGCAUAGUUCUCACCUAUACUAAGAUUACUGUCGUCUGUCUGACCAGUAAAAACAAGACUCUGAACAGUAAAGCUUUGAAGACCUGCAGCACUCAUCUUUUUGUAUAUCUAAUUAUGUUUUUAUGUGGAAUGCUCAUCAUCAUCCUGCAUCGCUUCCCUCAGUACUCAGACUACAGGAAACUAUCUGCCAUUUUGUUUCAUAUCAUCCCCGGCAGCCUCAACCCCAUUAUUUACGGGGUUCAGUCAAAAGAGAUAAAAAAGUUCCUGUCAAAUUUGUUACAGUCCAGGAAGAUUUUGCCAUCAUUAUAACAUAAAUACAAACGUAAAAAUACAGUUUUUUUUCCAGGUUUUUCAAUUUUUCUUCAUCCUUACUUUUCAUUACAGCCUUUUUCUUAAAUUUUAUUUUUUAAUUUACAACUCUUUAGAUUCAUGUGCAAGUGUCUUUUAAUUGUUCCCAUGGUGGAACUCUGUUUUGUUCAUGUUCCUGCAUAGAUAAUAAUAAAUAUAUAGA